AUGGCAAAAUCAGAGGAGGUAGAGGCUUUUGGAUGGGCAGCUAGAGACCCUUCUGGUGUUCUCUCUCCCUUCAAGUUUUCAAGAAGAGCUACUGGUAAUCAAGAUGUGAGGUUGAAAGUAUUGUAUUGUGGGAUUUGUCACUUUGACCUUGAGAUGAACAAAAACGAAUGGAGCGUUACAGUGUAUCCAAAUGUCCCAGGGCAUGAGAUUGUGGGUAUAGUAACAGAAGUGGGUGCCAAGGUACAAAAAUUCAAAGUUGGAGACAAAGUGGGUGUUGGAGCCUUGAUUGGAUCAUGUCGGAAAUGUGAGAAUUGCAUUAACAAUCUCGAAAAUUAUUGCUCUGCACACCAACUCACAGACAGUCCUCCACCACCCUACAAAGAUGGAAUCACCAACUAUGGGGGCUACUCUGACCACAUGGUCGUUGAUGAACACUUUGUGCUUCGUUGGCCCGAAAACUUGCCUCUUGAUUCUGGUGCUCCCCUUCUAGGUGCUGGAAUAAUAACUUACAGCCCUUUGAGAUAUUUUAAACUCGACAAGCCAGGUCUCGGAGGGAUUGGUCAUCUAGCUGUGAAAAUUGCAAAGGCUUUUGGGGUUAAAGUCACAGUGAUUAGUACAUCCCCAAAAAAAAAGGAUGGAGCUAUUAAAUAUCUUGGUGCUGACUCGUUUUUGGUCAGUAACGACUCAGAUCAAAUGCAGGAUCUCUGUUUUUGUUAUGCUUCACGAGCUUGGGCUUGUCUGCUUGAUGAUUGUUGUAGCUGUGUUGUGCUUGGGACUGUCUACUUCAUGUCGUUUGCUGUUGGUUUUUGUUUGCUGGACGAGCUUGGGCUGCUGGGUCCAGUUUGGGCUGCUGGUUUUGUUUGCAAAUGGCAUAGUCUGUGCUGA